GUGGACACUUCAUACAUGAUAGCAGAAGAUAAGGCCAAAGUAGGGCCUGGUGGAGCCCUCCCGGGCCAGUCUUUCACCACAGGCCACAGCAUCACAGGCCACACCAACAUGUUGUGGCGGUCGGGGCGUCUACUGGUGCUGGCCGCCUUGCUUACAGCCGCCGCCGCCGCCCUGGACACCGAGGAAAUACAAAAAGAAAAAGAAUACUUACUGGAAGCUGGUCGUGGGCCGCCAGAGAACGUGGCAGUAAUAGCAACAUUGUCUCCCUCGGGUCGUGGGCCGCCAGAGAACGUGGCAGUAAUAGCAACAAUGUCUCCCUCGGGUCGUGGGCCGCCAGAGAACGUCGCAGUGGUGGAAGUACUGAUCAACGCUCUUAAUGUGUCAUGGGACCCGCCAGAGGAGGAACCUUUUUAUUAUACGGUAGAAGAUGGAAUCAAUAACAAAGUUACCCACGAUAACUUCUUUUUUAUAGAAGGACUGCAACCUUGUACACGUUAUUUUAUAACCGUGACCUCUGUAUACGAAGGUAUCGGAUAUAACUACCCUGCUUCUACGGUCGGCUACACAGACAUUUCAGUACCACCAGCACCACCGAGCUGUUGGUUUGACAACAUUGAUACCACCUCGUUAAGUGCCUACUGGAGUGAUCCAUCCAUUCAGUGUACAAUUACCAACCACAACAUUAACUGGACGUCAAACGUCCUCUGGAAUGACGAUGAGAACACCUCAGGUACCGUCAAUGUCCAAGGAUAUCACUACCGAAUAAGAAACCUCAAACCCUACACAAAAGUGACGGUCAGUGUGGCAGCCGCCACUGACGCAGGUUAUGGCCCUUCCACAUCUUGCUGGAAUGUGACGCUUCAGGACAGUCGUGGGCCGCCAGAGAACCUGGCAGUGGUAGAAGUACUGAUCAACGCUCUCAAUGUGUCAUGGGACCCGCCAGGGGAGGUACCUACUCACUAUAAGGUAGAAGCUGGACCCAAUAAGGAAGAUACCCACGAUACCUUCUUCUUUAUAAAAGGACUGCAACCUUGUACACAUUAUAGUAUAAACGUGACCUCUGUAUACGAAGAUACCGGUGAGACCUACCCUGCUUCUACGGACGGCACAACAGACAUUUCAGUACCACCGGCACCACCGAGCUGUUGGUUUGACAACAUUGAUACCACCUCGUUAACUGCCUACUGGAGUGAUCCACCCAUUCAGUGUCCAGUUACCAACCACAACAUGAGCUGGACGUCACACGUCCUCUGGAAUGACGAGGAAGACACCUCAGGUGCCGUCCGAGUCCCAGGAGACCACUACACACUAAGAAACCUCAAACCCUACACAAAUUUGACGGUCAGUGUGGCAGCCGCCACUGACGCAGGUUAUGGCCCUUCCACAUCUUGCUGGAAUGUGACGCUUCAGGACAGUCGUGGGCCGCCAGAGAACCUGGCAGUGGUAGAAGGACUGAUCAACGCUCUCAAUGUGUCAUGGGAUCCGCCAAGGGAGGAACCUUCUUAUUAUAGGGUAGAAGCUGGAUCUAAUAACGAAAUUACACACGAUACCUUCUUCUUUAUAGAAGGACUGCAGCCUUGUACACAUUAUAGUAUUACCGUUACCUCUAUAUACGAAGGCAGCGGUCAGACCUACCCUGCUUUUACGGACGGCACAACAGACAUAUCAGUACCACCGGCACCACCGAGCUGUUGGUUUGACCACAUUGAUACCACCUCGUUAACUGCCUACUGGAGUGAUCCACCCUUUCAGUGUCCACUUACCAACCACAACAUUAGUUGGAGGUCACAUGUCCUCUGGGAUGACGAGGAGGACACCUCAGGUGCCGUCCGAGUCCCAGGAGACCACUACACACUAAGAAACCUCAGACCCUACACAAAAGUGACGGUCAGUGUGGCAGCCGCCACUGACGCAGGUUAUGGCCCUUCCACAUCUUGCUGGAAUGUGACGCUUCAGGACAUACCUGGAGCUCCAAAGAUCACGAACGUCACGUCGUAUGAACGCUCCCUGUACGUCUCCUGGUCACCGCCUGAGGAGGCAAAUGGAGUGAUCUUACAAUAUGUGAUCAACAUUGAAAAUGAUCAUUUUAAGAGCAAGGAAAAUGUGACUGGAAGUGUCUAUACUGCUACGUUCAGUGACAUACCUGCCUGUGACUCGUAUGACGUCACGGUCCACGCUACCACCGAGGCAGGGGCGGGACCUGCGUCUGGAAGUUGGAACAUUCAGCAAAACGGCGCAGUUCCGCCAAGCUCUGUCUCUUGUGUCAUCGGGGGAGGAGGUACUGAGGCAACGGUGUGCUGGACGCCUUUCCCCAUAGAAUGUUUUGAUGAACCCAACACUAUAUACAACAUCGCCUGGAAAGGCGACGUGUUAUGGUCCAGUGACACAGAUGAAGGCAGCGGUUCCUUGCCAUGGAGUGAAGAGUCAGAGCUGUGCUACACAGCUGUGACCUCUGUGCCCUACACCAAUUACAGUCUGUGUGUGGGUGUGGAUGGUCACGUGACAGACACUGGGUGCUGCUCCGUCCAGACACCACAAGCUGAACCCGGACCACCAGUUAUCACCAGCGUCACACUAUGUUAAGAUUGUAUUCCUGUCACCAAGACCCCUAAUCAUCACCUGUGUAAUAGGGGGGAAUAACCCCACAGACUUGAUUUUUUUACGCAAAUUAGGCAAGCCAGCAUAGCAUGUCUGUGGAGGAAGUUUUUUUUAGGUAAAUACAGGGUGUUCUCAGACAAUGAUCUGUGGGGUCAAUUAAUUUUGUGGUGGAAUCUAUCUUGAGAUGAUUUCGGGGCUUUUAGUGUCCCCGCGGCCCGGUCCUCGACCAGGCCUCCACCCCCAGGAAGCAGCCCGUGACAGCUGACUAACACCCAGGUACCUAUUUUACUGCUAGGUAACAGGGGCAUAGGGUGAAAGAAACUCUGCCCAAUGUUUCUCGCCGGCGCCUGGGAUCGAACCCAGGACCACAGGAUCACAAGUCCAGCGUGCUGAAAGGAGCAGUUGGGGAUAUGUAGAGACAGGUUUUGUUGUAAAUGCUCAAUGGUAUUGUCAUGUCUUUUCUAAGAAGAGUGUGUGUGUAAAGAGGGUAAGAGUUUGUUGGUGUGUCUACCAUAGUCGUUCGGUGUGGUGGGUGAGAGCGGGUCUACGGUCUGUCUAAUUACCCAAAACUACCCAAAUUUACUCAAAGUUACCCAAAGCUUCCUAGUAUUACGUAAGUAAUGAAGAAAUAUGAUAUAUUUACUCACUCUAUUGUUGAUGUUGAAUGUAGAACAUGAAAAAAAUAUAUUUUUACUCUGAAAUAAUAUAAAUUUUAAACGAAAUUCGACGAAACUAAGUGGCAUGAGAGGCCAUAUGAAGUCGACACUCCAAGCAACAAUGUUGUGGCGCGACUUAUCCAAGAUGAACAAAUUAUUCAAGAUAUAUUGUUCCCUAGAGGUCAUAUUAAGGUAUGUUUGGAUAGGUUAGGUCUAGUUAGGUUAGGUUAUGUUAUGUUUGGGUAGGUUGGUUAGGUUAGGAAGGUACAGGAGGCAUAAAUGCCAGCAAACAUUGUCGCUUGGACCGUCGACUUGCUUUGGCGUCACCAGCUCCUUAUUUUCGUAUAAUUUCGUAAUAAAUGAUACUUUUUCAGAGUAAAAAUAUGUUUUUCAUGUUCUACAUUCAGCACCAACAUUAAAAUGAAUAAAUAUAUUACAUUUAUUCAUUACUAACGUAUUGCUAGGAAGCUUUGUGUAGCUUUGAGUAAGUUUGGGUAAUUUUGGGUAAUUAGAUGGACCGUGGGUCUAUACUCCACAUGGACUAGCGGGACUCUGCCCUCUGCUGUAGCUGCUGUAUCCUGCCAGCCUCCCUCCCCGAAGACCUCAUUUUCAUGAAAACUAUCCUCAUUUAUAGUCAACUAUUUUUAAUGGAAUGGAGUGUAUGGAAUAUGGAUACAGAGGGUUUCUGUGACAGACAUAAAAGUGCCAUUGGGUGAGCACCAACCUUCAGGAGUGAAAGGCUGUGUACUAAGAUUAGUCUCCUCCACACCUGUUACCUUGCUCUUCUCUCCAACUAUUUCACCCUCCUUUCACCUGCUCACACUUUCCUACCAUCAUCAUCAGCUGCCCAUCCCAACACACCAAUUGCCGUUACAUCCUUUCUAAGAUUUUCCGUACUACUAUUACAUAAGAUUCGCCCACAGAGCUUAUCGUAUAUAAUUUUUCAUGUAAAAAUUUAUGGUUUGAACCCAUCACAUUUAGCAAUCUAUAUCAAAAUUAUUUCUGAUUCAACAUUAAUAAGAAUAAAAGAUAGAGGAUAAGACCAGGAAUAUGUCAAGCAGUGAGACAGAAUGAAUGUGUGUGUGUGAGGAUACUGAGUAGGACUGCAGCCAACGGCACAUGGGGGGUGUCUUGCCUUCCUAACUAAUGUGUCUAAUGCCACAUUUGCACCUGCCUCAUCGUCCAACGGAUUGCCUGUCUAGAUCGGUCAACAAGCCAGCAACAUUUAUAACAAUGAAAUAGUUUUUUCUUUGUGUAUGUAUCUGUACAAAUAUAUCUUGUGUUUAAUUGUAUAUCUUAUGUUAAUGAGCAUAUUACCAAAAAAUAUUUCAAGUGUAAAGAAAA